GGCAACGACAAGGCGUUAUCAUGCAACGUCAAUCAGUUACUUACGUGUUAUUCGGCGUUAUUGGUUUCAGUAGAUUCUUAUAAGACAGCUGUUUAUUAGACUUAAAAUCGUCAAUAAUUGGAUAAAUUAAACCAUGGCGCCGAAAGAAAAAGAUGAUAAGCCAAUAAAAAUAAAUAAAUGGGAAGGAGCUGCUGUGAAAAAUGCUUUAGAUGAUGCAGUGAAAGAAGUACUUACAAAGAAAUUUAAUUAUGUUGAAAAUUUUGCUCUUAUGGAUGGUAGAUUAGUAAUAUGUGGAAUAGCUGUUGGAGUUGCUAUGUUUGCUUUGGUUUGGGAUUAUUUGUAUCCCUUUCCACAAUCUAGGCCUAUAUUGAUAUUUUCAGUAACUACUUAUUUUAUUAUGAUGGGAAUUUUAACUUUGUAUACCACUUAUAAAGAAAAGGGAAUUUUUGCAGUAUGUAUUCAAAAAGAUAGUUCUAAGAAAGAAAAUGUAUGGGAAGCUAGUUCGUAUUUACCAAAGUAUGAUGAUAAAUAUAAUCUGAUUCUUGCUUUAAUUGAUGGAAAGACUCGACAAAGGAGGGAAACAAGUAUAAAGAAAAGCGUCGCGAACUAUAUAGACGUAAAUGGGAAUGUAGUUAAUGAACUCGUAGAAGCUGAAGUUACAAAAAUGCACAAUUCUUUAUUAAGCGAGAGAAAAGAAAAAUGAUGUUCACAAAGAAGAAUAAGUCUCGUAAAUUAUUUCAUAACAUUUUUCUAUUUUUUAAGUAGUUUUUUUUGCAAAGAUGUUUUAUUUUGUGUUGAACUUUUUGUAUAAUAAAUAUCUUGAGUCAA